AUGGAGCAUUGCAAUGCUGCCAUUUCUCCAGUUGAACAAAGGUUGCAAUUGUUUAAGAAUGAGGAUAAGCAAGAUGUUGAUCCAACUCAAUAUAGGAGGUUGAUAGGAUCCUUGUGCUACUUGUGCAAUACGCGACCAUACUUGGCGUUUAGUGUUAGUAUUGUGAAUAGAUUGAUGGGGAGACCAAAGUUGUCUCACUUGGCAGCAGUAAAGAGGAUCCUACACUAUGUCAAAGGUUUUGUAGGCUGUAAAAUUCUCUUUCCUGAAGCGGAUAUAGGAAAAAAAUGCAAUUUGCUUGAUUUUACAGAUUCUAAUUGGUGCAGAGAUAAAGAUAAUCGGAAGUCUACAGCUGGAUACAUCUUUAUGUUCGAUGCGACACCUACCUCAUGGUGUUCGAAGAAGGAACCGGUAGUUGCACUCUCAUAUUGUGAGAUCGAGUACAUUUUCACUUCUUUAUGUGCGUGCCAAAUCGUGUGGUUAUGGAUCUAUUGGAGGAGAUGGGCAGCAGUGAGGGUGAGGCUAUCACACUCUUAG